AUGAACGAUGGUUCGCCUACUAGGCUUGUAGCUCCAAAUCAGCAGGUAACUGCUCCAGAUGUUACAAUCUGCUCCCGAGAUAUUGCACAAAUAAGUCAUUGGCAACUUACUUCUGAUACAUUAGGUUCGGACCAUUUUCCUAUUCUUAUGUUUAUUCCUCUAUCUUUCCAAGUAUAUGACACAAUCUAUCCUAAGUAUAAGUGGAAUAUGAAAAAAGCCAAUUGGAGUUUGUAUCACGACUUAUUGGAAGAUAUUUUCGAUUCUACUCCAGAAUUUUACUCCACUCAAAGUAAAUACGAUUAUCUCAUUGAAAAGAUCAAUGAUGUUAGCGAGAUCUCCAUCCCUAUACUAAGGCCAUUUAAAGCUAAGAAACGGCCACCCCCUCCUUGGUGGGAUGAACAGUGUAUAAGUGCCAUAGCACAAAGGACCUCAGCUUUAGCAACGUACAAACAGGACAGUUCUUUAGCCAACUUCGUCCACUGCAAGAAAGAGCCUCCUUUACAUCUUCGAAGGCAAAUGUUAUCUAGCAGAUUUCUACUUAAGGUACAACACGCGGACAGCCACUUACUGAGCAAAAUUCAUCGUCUAAACACCAUGGACUUGACAUGCAAAUAUUGGACCAAAAGAAACUCCCCGCCUCUAUGCAGUGCCAUACAAUAUGCCAACAGAAUACAACUAACCUCUCAUAGCCAACGAGUGAUCCAAGAUAUAAGUUACUUUCAUUUACUAUCAGGAUUUGAUGUUAGAGUACCAGCUUACAAGCAACAACCACACCACAUUCAGAACCUACUUCGAGAAGUGCAGAGUAAAUUAGCAGGUGAUGCAUUCAUUUACACCGAUGCAUCGAAGUCGGCGUCAGGAACGGGAUGCGCUCAUUAUAUUCCUUCAAUAGAUAGUUUUUCCAUGUUUAAACUACCAAAUGAAUUCACGAUUUUUUCCGCAGAAGCUAUUGCUAUAUGCCAAGCCCUACAGUUUGUAGAGGACCACAAUCUUGGUAACACGUCUAUAUUCUCGGACUCCCUCUCUGUUGUCAGUAGUUUAAAAAACGGCAGUCCUUUCGAUAUGCAAAAUAUACACUUAUUCAACAUAAGAUGGAAAAUAAGUCAGCUAAAACAACGAGGCCUCAGGAUUACACUAGUUUGGGUGAAGGCCCACUCUGGGAUAAUACACAACGAAAAAGCUGACGAUCUAGCAAAGAUGAGUAUAACAUCUGGAACUAAGCUGGACAUACCCUUAAGCAUGCAAGACAAUCGAGUGAUACUUAAAGGUAAUUUGCUCAAGCGAUGGCGCACUGAAUGGAUAGAAUACUGUUUUACUAGUCCUACAAGAUACAACCUCAUACACCCUAGCCUGCCACGAGGAUACUGGCACGAAAAUUUUAAAAUACCCAGAAAAUAUAUUUCUUGCAUCACCCGUGCGAAAAUAGGACAUGGUGUUUUUCCAUCACACCUUGCAAGAUUAAAUUUGGUCCCAUCUGCACUGUGCGAUGUUUGUGAAGUUUAUGGUGACUUGGAUCACUGUUUCUUUGGUUGCGCUAAAUUCCUGGAUCACUGCAAUGCACUCUACUCCGAUUUGGUGAAAUCUGGCAUAUCUGCCCCCCUAAAUACAUCUCAUGUAUUUUCGCUAGGUAGAUCUGAUGUGAUCGUUCUCGUUGUUAAAUUUAUCAGAAAUUCUGGCAUCAAAAUAUAA